GGCUCGCCGUCCUCCCCCUCCCCACCUUCGUGCAGUAUUUUCUCCUAGUCCUUGCUUGUCUCUCUCUCCUCGGUGCCCCCCUCCAGCACUUCACACGUGUCAGGGGUUGGCCCCAUGCCUCCCCGAAGAAGGGCAGGUUAAUACCUCUGGGCCAAGGUUCUCGCUUGCCACUCUGCACCGAGCCUCCAGCUCCUCUGCAACCAUGGACAGGAUUUUCUCUGCCUUGCUGCUCUCUUUGCUGCUUCUUUUCCAGAGCUAUGGAGUUGGUGGGACACCUCCACAGCCAAGAGGCACCCUGUGUAGAACCAAACCCACCGAUUUGGUAUUCAUCAUCGACAGCUCUCGAAGCGUGCGCCCACAGGAGUUUGAGAAAGUCAAAGUCUUCAUGUCCCGGGUGAUCGAGGGGCUGGACGUGGGCCCAAACUCCACCCGGGUGGGUGUGAUCAAUUAUGCCAGCGCUGUCAAGAAUGAAUUCUCCCUCAAGACCCACCAAACCAAAGCGGGACUCCUGCAAGCAGUCCGGAAGAUAGAGCCACUUUCCACUGGGACUAUGACUGGUCUGGCUAUCCAGUUUGCCAUUAGCCGGGCUUUUAGUGACUCGGAAGGUGCCAGGGUGAGAUCUCCUAAUUUUAAUAAGGUGGCAAUCGUUGUGACCGAUGGACGUCCCCAGGAUGGAGUGCAGGAUGUGUCAGCCAGGGCCAGAGCUGCUGGCAUCGAGAUCUUUGCCAUCGGAGUUGGCCGGGUGGACAUGCACACUCUGCGGCAAAUCGCUAGCGAGCCCCUGGACGAUCAUGUGGACUAUGUGGAGAGCUACAGUGUCAUAGAGAAGCUGACCCACAAGUUUCAAGAAGCUUUCUGUGUGGUAUCAGACCUGUGUGCCACUGGAGACCACGACUGUGAGCAGAUCUGUAUCAGCACCCCAGGAACCUACAAGUGUGCUUGUAAAGAGGGUUUCACACUGAACAGCGAUGGGAAGACCUGCAGCGCUUGCAGUGGUGGGUCAGGAUCUGCUCUGGAUCUCGUUUUCCUCAUUGAUGGAUCCAAGAGCGUGCGGCCUGAGAACUUUGAGCUGGUGAAGAAAUUCAUCAAUCAAAUUGUGGACUCGCUGGAGGUGUCAGACAAACAGGCCCAAGUUGGUCUCGUUCAGUACUCCAGUUCUGUCAGACAGGAGUUUCCACUGGGGCAGUUCAAGAACAAGAAGGACAUCAAAGCAGCAGUCAAGAAAAUGGCCUAUAUGGAGAAAGGAACAAUGACGGGCCAGGCUCUGAAGUACCUCAUUGACAGUUCCUUUUCCAUCGUCAAUGGAGCUAGGCCUGGCGUCCCGAAAGUGGGCAUAGUCUUCACUGACGGUCGGUCACAAGAUUACAUCACUGAUGCUGCUAAGAAAGCCAAAGACUUAGGCUUUAGGAUGUUUGCUGUAGGAGUUGGCAAUGCCGUUGAGGAUGAGCUGAGGGAAAUUGCUUCAGAACCUGUCGCUGAGCACUACUUCUACACGGCUGACUUCAGAACCAUCAGCAAGAUUGGGAAGAAGCUGCAAAUGAAAAUCUGCAUUGAGGAAGAUCCAUGUGAAUGUAAAUCAAUUGUAAAGUUCCAGACAAAAGUAGAAGAUCUCAUAAAUUCAUUGCAGCGGAAAUUGGAAGCCGUGGCAAAAAGGAUCGAAGCCCUGGAGAACAAGAUCAUCUAAGAUUCCAAAAUAAUAUUUUUUCCCUCCUUCCUAAUGUAAGAAAACUAGAACUCCUUCACUUAUAAAGGAGGGCAGCUCAGCUACGGUGCUAUGGCCAGCUUGUGUUGUUUAAAGAGUCUAGUCUACCUGUAUUUGAUUAAAAGGGAAGAAGUAUAGUAGAGCAGACAUUGAAUAAUGGGCAGAGCACUGUGUGUGGAAGAGCUGGACCAUGCUUAUGUUUGUUUCAUCAUAUAGAGUGCAUAAGAAAAACCUGGAAAGAUUUGGUUUUGAUUUAAAGCUUAAUAUAUAUGUAUGUGUUAAUAAGUACUGUGAAUCCUUUGUGUUCUUCUGCACCUUUUGUUUCUAUGCAUGAGAUAAUUUAAUUUAAAAGUCAAAGUGACUUAAAAUUAACUCAGAUGCUGAGUGUAAAAUGUCAAAGCCGCUGAUCAGCUUAUUAUUGUAAGCAUGAUGCAUUUGUCAGUAAGUAGGUGAAAUAUACUAAUUAUCUCUAACUGCACUUUGCAGACGAGAUAGGAUAGGAUGCUGCUGCUACUUGGGUUUAUCUAUAGCUGCUGUACAAUAUAGAAAGUAGAACAGCUCAGCUUUCCUAGCCAGCAAAUAUUCUCAUAGUGCCUCAGAGAAGUAGCACCCGUCUGAGGUAGACUCCUCUUGGGUAAGUCCUGAUAAUGUGCAAUGACCAGUGGCAGUGGCUCUGUAACAGAGGGCAGCACUGGUGUCACCAGCCCCAGCAGAUCUGCCCCCACUGCUUGUCUCUCUGUUUUCCAUGUCCUCAUCUGGAGCUACAAAACCAUCAUUAGCACCUAAAACACAGGCAAGUGCUGCUGGAGCUGCUGCCGAUGGACACGGCACCCUCAUCACAUUCAUCCAGAGGCUCCCUAGCUCCUUCCUUAGCCUGCACCUCUAAGCACCUGCAAAGCCAGCAAGUGCAUCUCAAUACCUUUCAGACUCUUCUGUUCCUGGAUUCCUGGCACCGGCAAGACAAAAAGCAACGUGGGCUGGAAGAAUCUACUGCUGCCUGUCUCCUACAGCUGUCGUCUGGCUAGCCAUGGAGUGGAGGGGCCGUGGCUGUCCACGGCAUCAGUGAAUGUGAGCACAAGCAGUUGGGUUUGGAGGGUUUCUUAUUUUUAUUUUUUGUAUCAAAAUAUUUAUACUUGAGAGUAUGUGAAAAGCUUUUCA